ACUUGCAGUGAAUAAAUGAAUUCAAAUAUUGUCUAUCGGUAUAAAAGCUGUUAUAAUUUAAUUCUAUACUAAGUAAGGUAUCUAACUGAUGUCUAUGCAAAUGAACAAAGUACUAGUAAUUAUAAUGCUUUUAGGCUCUAUUUUUUUAUCAUAUUCUGGUAAUGCAGGCUUAUUCAAUAGUGAGUUGCAAGAAUCAGUACGAAGUUUUUUUACCUCAUUGCCACAUGAUAUGGAUAGUCUAAGUCCUGCAGCAAUUAUAGGGAUAUGUAUCAUGAUAGUAUUGCUUGCUAUAAUAUUCAGAGGUCUGAUUUUUUUUAUAGUAGUAUGUUGUACGCUGGCUAUAAUGUUUGGUGGUACAGAAAAAGUCAUUUCUUAUUUAAAAGAAAAAUUUGAAGGAAAAUUUGAUUUUGUAAAGAAUAUAGAUUUAAAAUCUAGUACUGUAACGCCAAAAAAAGGUGAAAGUGAUGAAGAUAAAGAUAAAGCGGACCAUUAGGGUAGAUUUUUUUAAUUGCCUUUGUUAGGGUGCACGUGAUUAUGUGUAUAUUGUAUGCAACUAAAAGCGCCAACUAUAAAAUAUAGAACUGAAAAGAAAAGCAGUUCAGCAUCAGUAGAAAAUAUUAACCUGGAUUUUAUUCCUUAUG